AUGGUUGCCAGGGCCGAUGGUGGAACCAUGAGAGUACCCCCCCUUCUAGGAGCGGCUCCAGCCGAGGAGCCAGGGCGAACACCAUGUAGUUGGAUGAAGUCCCAAACAAGUCCCGGAUCCAGGAUGUUCCAGGCAGGCACUCACGCCCACUCCUCGGAGCCAGGAGCGGGCAAGGAGGAGUGCACUCUGAUCCAGGUGCGGCGACAUAGUCGAGUGAACGCCUCUGCUGAUGGCACCCCUUGGCUUAGGCCUGUUGUUCAGGAAACAGGGGGCGGGGUGGGCAAACCCGAACAGACACUCGAACAGGAGACGUUGCUGUCGAAAAACGGCAAAAUCAAAUGGUCCUCCGCGGCCUAUCGCGGCCCGGACCGACCCCGCGCCAUCCGCCCGCCCUGCCCCGCCGUGACGCCGGGCCCCACGGCCUACGCCGCGUCGCGAGCGCUCGACAUCGAGUCCGCCUUCCGGCUGUUUGUCACACAGGCGAUAGAAAGGAUCAUCGUGGACAUGACCAAUCUGCAGGGGGUGAGAAAAUACGGAGACGGCUGGCGACCCAUGGACUCCACCGACCUGCGCGCCUACGUAGGGCUGCUGAUCCUAGCCGGCGUCUACAGGUCCCGAGGCGAGGCCGCGGCCAGCCUGUGGGACGCCGAGAGCGGCAGGACCGUGUUCCGCGCCACCAUGCCGCUCAAGGCGUUUCACAAGUACUCGAGGCUGCUGCGAUUCGACGACCGCCAGUCGAGACCCGCGAGACUCGCCACCGACAGACUGGCGGCCGUGAGAGAGGUGUGGGACCUGUGGGAGGAGCGGCUGCAGGCCCUCUACAACCCGGGGCCCGAAGUGACGGUGGACGAACAACUGGUCCCGUUCAGAGGACGCUGUCCUUUCCGACAGUACAUUCCCAGCAAGCCGGCCAAAUACGGCAUCAAGUCGUGGGUGGCCUGCGACGCCAAGUCCAGCUACGCUUGGAAGAUGCAAGUGUACACCGGCAAGGCGGCCGGCGGAUGCCCCGAGAAGAACCAGGGCGCGCGCGUCGUCCUCGAUCUGACCGAGGGACUGCCGGCCGGUCACAACGUCACGUGUGACAAUUUCUUCACCUCCUACGAACUCGGGCAGCGGCUCCUCGAGAGGAACCUCACCAUGGUGGGCACGGUGCGAAAGAACAAGCCCGAGCUCCCUCCCGCGCUGCUCCAGUCCAAGGGCAGACAGGUCUCGUCCUCCAGGUUCGCCUUCACGCCCACCGCCACUCUAGUGUCCUACCUGGCAAAGAGAAAUAAGAACGUGCUGCUUCUGAGCACGCGGCACGCGGAGCCCGACGUCAGCGAUCGCCGAGACCGGAAGCCGGCCCUCAUCCUAGACUACAACUGCAACAAGGGCGGCGUGGACAACCUAGACAAGGUGGUCGGGACCUACAGCUGCAGACGGAUGACCGCCCGCUGGCCCCUGGUCAUCUUCCACAACAUCCUCGACGUGUCCUCCUACAACGCCUUUGUCAUAUGGCGAGAGAUCAACCCCGACUGGAUGCCCGGGAAGCGGAACAAGAGGAGGGUGUUCCUGGAGCAGCUCGGAAAGGCGCUCGUGAAGCCCUUGAUCCAAAGAAGGCAGCGUCUCCCCCGCACCGAAGCCGCGUCCGCACUUGUCAAAGUCAUACGGGGCGAGCGUGUAUCCGCCGAGGCUCGUCCGCAGGCCCGCGAGCGAGCCGCCGGCCCGGCCGCCGCCGCCGCCCCGGCCGCCCCGCUGGGGGCGAGUAAGAGGAAGAGGUGUCAGGUCUGCCCACCCAAGAAGGACGCCAAGACACACACAGCGUGCUGCAGGUGUAAGAAAUACAUCUGCAAAGGCUGUUCACACCCAUACUGUCACACUUGUGCCCACUGGGCCUUUAGCCAAGACGGGACAGAGUGACCCCGGGGG